CUAAUAUGAAGAAAUUCUCUUGAACUAGGCUUCUUCUUCUUCUUCUAGUAUCCCCAUACUAUUAUAUAUAUACAUAUAUCUUAAAAUUUUUAAGCUUUUGCUCUCAUUCUUACUUCCCAAUUACUGGGUUUAGUAUUGGAAGAGCUUCUCAGAUUGUCGACGGAGCUCCGAUUCACGAAGAUAGUGCAGGGAUGGAGGACGAGUAUUUUGAAAGUGGUUAUGAAGAAAACCAGGUCCCAAGGGAUUGUGAGAAUGGCGAUGAUAAUGAUAACGAUAACGAUGAAUCUGAUACAUUUAUCGACAGCCAGUUAUGGCCUCAAAGCUACAGGCAAUCCAUGGACAUGUACACAAACAUGGCUCCACCCUCUGCUAGCUUCCUAGCGGGCACAACUAUAAGCACCUCCUUCCUGACUUCACCACACCAGAGACCUCAUGGUUCUGUGCCCAACUCUCCCCUCGAACCGCUCAUAUCUGAGGCAACUUUACACAAAGAACAAGUGCCUACCUUAAAGCCAUCUAUAAUGUCAUCUUCAACUUCCCAGCAGUGUUCGUAUGCUCAAUCUGUUUUUAAUGCAAUCAAUGGUCUAUGCGGUAUAGGACUUCUUACAACUCCUUAUGCACUCAAAGAAGGUGGGUGGUGGAGCCUCACAAUUCUCAUCAUCCUUGGCAUCAUCACUUGCUACACCGGAGUUUUGUUGAAGCGAUGCUUAGAAAGCUCCCCUGGUCUUGAAACUUACCCGGAUAUUGGGCAGGCUGCUUUUGGAGUCCCUGGUCGCGUAUGCUUAGCAAUAGCCUUAUACAUAGAGUUAUAUUCGUCCUGCGUGGAGUACUUAAUUAUGAUGAGUGAUAAUCUUUCAGCGUUGUUCUCAAAUGCCCAGAUAAAUUUCAAUGGAAUCCACCUUGAUUCUUAUCAAAUGUGCACAAUCAUAUCUACUCUCUUCAUUCUCCCAACUGUUUGGCUUCGAAACCUCAGCUUGCUUUCGUACAUUUCAGUUGGAGGAGUUUUUACUGCUGUGCUGGUGUCACUAUGCUUGUUGUGGGUUGGGGUGGUCGAUCAAGUUGGGUUUCACCCAAUUGGACUACCUUUGAACCUUGCAAAGCUUCCUGUCACAAUUGGUCUAUUUGGUUUCUGUUUUGGAUGCCAUUCUAUUUUUCCAAAUAUCUAUUCUUCCAUGAAGAAACCAUCACAGUUUCCGUCUGUUCUAACAAUCAGCUUUGUCACGUCUGGUGUUCUUUAUGCUGCGGUUGCAAUAUGUGGCUUUCUGAUGUUUGGUAACUCAACCAAAUCCCAGUUCACGUUAAACAUGCCCCCACAAUUCAUUGCUUCCAAAGUCGCAGCAUGGACAACAGUUGUCGCACCGGUCACGAAGUAUGCCUUGACAAUUACCCCUGUGGCAUUCAGUCUCGAGGAGCUCUUGCCUUCAGCUCAGUCAAAGUCUCAUGGUGUGUCAAUACUCAUCAGAACAAUCUUAGUACUCUCAACUUUGGUUGUGGCAUUGGCAGUUCCAUACUUUGGUUCGGUGAUGGCCUUCAUUGGAUCUUUGCUUGUUAUGCUUGUAGCUCUAAUUUUCCCAUGCGCUUGCUAUCUUAGCAUUUGUCAGGAUAGAUUGACAAAGCUGCAGAUUUCAACUUGCAUACUUAUAAUGGUGGUAGGGGUGAUUUGUGCAAUUGUUGGCACAUACUCAGCAAUUAUAAGCAUGGUUGAGGAGAGGGGAUGAUCAAAUUUUAGUCCAAGUCUUAACUCUGCUUCACAUGUCUGUUCUUGUAACCCAUCAAAUCCAUGUGUAAGUGUAAGCACUCCAAUACACUUGCCAAACCAUACAAACGAAUUUAGGAGGGAAAUUUAAUGGAACAAA